AUGCCGAUUUGUUGUUCUGCGUAUUGCUGAAAGGUACCACGCUGAGUAUUGUUAUCCCGAUAGUUCUUUCGUCUCAGUCCGUGUGUAUUCCUGGGCGAAUGUGCUCGUGUGGUCUCAGGAGUUGCGGAGGUCACGGCUCUGGGACAGCCGUUUCAUCGCCCGAUGCUGCAGAACCUACCCCGGAAGAGAGAGCCCAGAGAAUUGCCAAAGCUGUCCGCAAACAGUCAACAGAAGUGAAGGAAAAUUGGGAGCAAUUGAAAACCCGUGCAAGCAACUGGCAGAAACAGGUGGAAAAGGCGUUGGAGAAACUUCAAGAACUGCAGAAAGCUCUGGAUGAUCUUGAGGCUCAUGUGAUAACAGCUGAGGGGGUCCACACUGAUUGGCAACCUGUGGGUGACCUGCUUAUUGACUCAUUGCAGGAUCACAUUGAUAAAACCACAGGUAAGGACUAUCUGCAAAAUCUGAGAUUGGGUUUUGAAAGACAGCAGCCUUUGUUUUGGAGAGAUAAUGGGAACUGCAGAUGCUGGAGAAUGCGAGAUAACACCGUGUGGAAUUGGACGAAGACAGCAGGCCAAGCAUCAUCUUAGGAGCACAAAAGCUGAUGUUUCGGGCCGAGAACCACCUUCAGAAAAUGGGGAGGGGGUGCGGGUUCUGGAUUAAAUAGGGAGAGAGGGGGAGGCGGAUGGAAGAAGGAUGGAGGAGAAGGUAGGUGGAGAGGAGAGUAUGGGUAGGGAGGCAGGGAGGGGAUAGGUCAGUCUGGGGAGGCGGGACAGGUCAAGGGAGCGGGAUGAGGGGAAAUAGGGGUGCGGCAUGAGGUGGGAGGGGGGAUGGGUGAGAGGAAGAAUAGGUUAGGGAGGCGGGGACGAGCUGGGCUGGUUUCGGGAUGCAGUGGGAGGACAGGAGAUUUGGAAGCUUGUGAAAUCCACACUGAUACCAUUGGGCUGCAGGGUUCCCAAGCAGAAUAUGAGUUGCUGUUCCUGCAACCUUCGGGUGGCGUCAUUAUGGCACUGCAGGAGGCCCAGGUUGGACGUGUCCUCUCAGGAAUGGGAGGGGGAGUUGAAAUGGUUCGUGACUGGGAGGUGCAGUUGUUUAUUGCAAACUGAGCGUAGGUGUUCUGAAAAGCGGUCCCCAAGCCUCUGCAUUGUUUCCCCAAUGUAGAGGAAGCCACAACGGGGACAGCAGAUGUUUUGGAUAUUUCUUCAGCAUUGAUUUUCAUUCAGAGUUGGUUCGAUUUUGCUGAAGCAAUAGACAUAACUCACUAUGACGUCGACAAUGUCAGAGUUAAUGUUUCGCAUCCUGUGACCCUUCCUCAGAUCUCACUCUUCACUGAUGCUGCCAGACCUGCUGAGCUUUUCCAGCAACUUCUGCUUUUGUUGCUGAUUUACAGUGCCCACAGUUCUUUUGUUUUUUACAACACAGACAAAACUUGAUCUCUGCAGGAAGCAUGAUGCUGCAUUCUCCAACUUCCCUGGCCUUUUGUAAUAUAAUAUUGUCUUUUUAGGACAGAAGUGGCUUUUUUUUUGUUUUAACUUCUGCACAUGCUUUCUAUGCAGGUUAAAAGUCUACACCUUUUCAGUUCACUGCAGUGCUGCAUAAUGAAGACUUGGAACAAUUUUUUUUAUGAAGUAGAAAAUCAGUGUGGUUUGUUUUCCAAAAUGUGAUGUGUAAGUGCAACACUUAACAGUGUGUUCAUCAAACUAUUGUUUCCUUUGAUCUUUGUGUUGCAGAAAUUUCUAGAAUCAUUUCAUAUAUAUUUUUCUUGAUAUAUUUUAGCAGCUUUCCUGGAGCAAGUCUGUUUUCCUUCGGAUGAGACGACUUUCAGACAUACUCCCUUUAUUAUGAGAUAUAAUUGGGGUAAAAUGAGGAGGAUUUUUAUUCACUGAGACACACAUGACUAUAUGUUUAAAGCAUUGGAAAAUGCAUUCUGUUAGGACUGUCAUGUUAUCUGGUGUUUGGACCAGGCUUUCCGAUUAAAUGCAAGUGAUUAAGGAUGCUAA